AUGAGUAGCGAGCACACGAAGUUCUGCUACGUGAUCUCGCAGUUGGACCAACGUUACACCUCGGAAGCAGAGGACAUUAUCACCUCCCCACCGAAACGCGACCCAUACACAACGCUGAGAACGGAACUGGUAAGACGGCUAUCCCCCUCGAAAGAGCAGCGCAUCCGCGAGCUCCUUACACUAGAAGACAUGGGCGACCGCAAACCUUCCCAGUUUCUAAGACACCUCAGAAACCUCGCCCCAGACAUACCAGAUGACUUACUCCGCAGCAUGUGGUCCAACCGUCUACCUGCUCAUAUAAGGGCCAUCCUCGCAGGCCAAACCGAGAAUGACUUGGACGCCACAGCCCGCUGCGCGGAUCGUAUUACAGAAGCCGCACCCCAGCAGACACUUGCGAGUGUAGCGCUACUCCCCGAGAAGAAUGAUACUUGGAAAUAUGUAAAAGAUCGAGGACGCCAAGUGCAAACACUGAACGCCAAGCUGGGACGCAUUAUUUCCAACUCCAGGAACCGCCGCUCGGCCAGCAGAUCGCCCUCACGAGAGAAGGUUAUACCCACCCUCUGCUUGUACCAUCACCGCUACGGGGCCCGGGCACAAAAGUGUACGCAGCCUUCUCCUACCGCCAGCAGGAAAACUAACACGGCGGACAUCAACGGCGGCACAUGUCUGCACCCCAAACAACGGCCGCCCUUUCGUCACGGAUAG